AUGUCGACGACCACAAUUUUAACGCCGUCGGCGAACACGGGCUCUAACGCGAACGGAGAAAGUAAUGGAAAGUGCAGUCCGGACCGCGUUAAGCGACCCAUGAACGCAUUUAUGGUGUGGAGCAGAGAACGACGGCGUCGAAUGGCGCAGGAAAAUCCGAAGAUGCACAAUUCGGAGAUUUCGAAGAGGCUGGGAGCCGAAUGGAAACUUCUCUCGGACGCCGAGAAGCGACCGUAUGUGGACGAAGCCAAGAGAUUGCGAGCUGUUCACAUGAAGGACCACCCUGAUUACAAGUACAGACCGCGACGAAAGAGCAAAACUUUGCUCAAGAAGGACAACAAGUACACUUUGUCGAUGUUAGGGGCUCAAGGUGGUCCGCCAGUUCAACGAUCUGUGGCGCAAAACCCGGCCGAACAUUUCGCACAAAUGAACGGUUUUACUUACGGUCCCAUUUCAGCGUACAGCCAAAUGAAUGUGAGUGAUCCUUAUAGUACAAUGUACGCCGGUCAUCCACUAUCGCCGCAUACCCCUACACAACUACAAGCUACGAACGGCAUGCACCAUUCCGGUUACACUAGCAUGGGAGGCAGCCAAAUUUACCCUGUUGUUUCAUCGCAGGGUCAAGCUUACACCAUGAAUGGUACUGCUCCGUCGAUGAACUCGAUUACUCCUUUGUAUUCGCAGCCUAGCAAUCCUGUGCUACUACCAAACAUUAAACAAGAAAUCCCGAGCCCUGGCUCGCAGUCCAGCCGGACACGGAGCUGCACCGAUCAACUCGGAGAUAUGAUUAACACGUAUCUUCCUGGGGAUACUUCAAAUUUACAGAAUGCGAAUCAUCACCACCAGGUUACUGGAAGCCACGUUCCUCCCAAUCGCUAUAGCCAGUGGCAGGAAUCAAGCUCUGUGGCGAGCAGUCUGCCUGUCCAUAGCGGAGUGACUCCAGUUAGCAUUUCUAACGUUUCGGGCGUUAGUGGGACAAUGCCAUUAACUCACUUACCAUGA